AUGGAGACGCUGACGAUCCUUGUCCGAUCGUUUACCGACAGGCUACAUCUCGGAGUGUACGAUUACCAUCGUCAUUUCAAGCAUACCUUUCUAGGAGGAACGGCGCUGGACCUUGCCCCCCUCGAGCAUGAGCACACUCUACUUGCGAUCAACAGGCCUCUGGCGAAGGAUACGAAGCCAACUGGCGAGAUACUACUGGACGCGUCCUUCCAUCCCCUCGCGCCUGUCGACUCACACGAGCCCUAUACCUGGAGUGGCGUCGCGCGCCUUCUCAUCAUACAAGCUCGCGACUUGAGCGGAGGCGGCCUAUCGGAGCCCAUCAAUGCAAGCGUUCAGAUCCUCCUAAACCAAGAAGGCAAGCCCGUCUUCCAGACAAGACCCUUCGUCCAAUCCGAUGCGCCCGUGUGGCUGGCGAGUCACGAACUGUAUUGCGCGGACAGGGAAAGGAUGUCCAUCACGGCGAGGAUCUGCUACCCGCUCGACAACCCUGGGGGAACGAGCCCGAAGAUCUAUGAUACUCGCCAGCACUCCGAGGCUUUUAAGUGCCCGUUCGGCCAUCGCGUGCUGGUCAGGUUCGCGCGUUCCUCGGGAAGUCCCAUCCUGCCCUUGUUCACGACCUUCAUGAGGUCCUUCGGCUGGGGGAUCGACGCGUUUAGCGCGUCUGGCCUGCCGUCAAGUCAGGCUUUCUUCGGAGCGUCUGAAGCACCGUACAGUGUGUUGGGAGAGUCUGAAUUACCAUUCCUCCGGCUGGUGUGCACCAUCGCGUUGCUCGUCCUCUCAGCGUCCUUCCCUGCCGACCGCUCGCUUGCCUACAUUGCAUCCAUCGUCACGUACGCGUAUGCUAGCGCUUUGGCUCUUGGCUCCCUCGUCGGAGGUGCUUCUGUCAGAGGUCUUUUCGCACGGCACGCGACUCUCGUCCUUCUCGCCACUUGUGCUGUUUACGUUCACCGGGACAUUUGGCCUCUAGCGACGUAUACUCUCAAGCCGCUCGAUGAAGAUGAAGGGCCAAUCUUGUGGGUGAAGCUCGCGCUCCUGUUCGUAGCGGGCCUUGUGGUACCUCUCUGCAUGCCGAGGCUGGAGAUCCCUGCAGGUGGCGAGACUGUCAAUCCAGAGCAGACUGCGUCUUGGCUGUCCAUCGCAACCUUCGCUUUCAUCGAUGGCAUCGUCUGGAAAGCACAGAAGCAGCCGCACCUAGGGCCUGCCGAUAUGCCUGUGCUGGCCGAUUACGAUCGUGCAGUGCCUCUGAAGGAGAAGGCUUUCAAGCAUAUGGACCUCUUCGCUGGGGCGAAAAGGCGGCAUAUUAUAUGGAACUUGUUGCGCGUCUUCCGGAAGGAGUACUUCCUGAUGGUCGUCCUUAUGAUUACAUACGGCUGCCUUACCUUCUCGGCGCCUUUGGGUAUCUACAACCUUCUCAGGUAUGGGUUGGCCAACUUCCUGAUGCUCUUUACUCACCUGAUCGUCAGCUAUUUCGAGACCGGAGGUGAAGGUGCCACAAUCCGCCCCUGGUUUUGGGUCAUCUGGCUCUUUGUCGGGCCAUCGCUCAUGACGGUUGCCUGGAAUGGGUACCUGUACACGUCAACACACAAUCUCGCCCAAGCGCACACCAUCAUCGUCCAGCUGCUGUACGAGCACGCUCUGCGCAUCCGUAUGAAGGCGGAGACUCCGACCAGCGCUCCUUCUCGUGCUCCCAGCCCACCUGCGCCGGACUCACCGGAAGAAGGCGCUGACACGGCAAGCGUCAGCUCGUCAGAAAACACUCAGACCAGCACUACGGUUGUUCAGAGCGCUUCGUCUACGAAGGACAAGAAGGCCAGCGAGGAGACGCAUUCUUCGUCGCAGCACCUUGUCGGCAAGAUUAAUAACCUUGUGACGACCGACCUUGCGAACGUGACGCUGGCGCGCGACUUCAUCAUCUUGUUCAUUGUGCCGGUCCAAAUUGCCAUCACCAUCACCUUUUUGUACAAGAUCAUUGGAUGGAGCGCUUUCGUCUCAUUGGCCACCAUCCUCCUCAUGCUGCCGUUCCCGACCUGGGUCGCCAAGAAGAUCCAACAAACGCAGCAGGAGCGUCUCAAGCGCGCUGACGGUCGUGUACAGCUGGUCUCGGAGACGAUGACCGUCAUCCGUAUGGUCAAGUUGUUCGGCUGGGAGAAGAGGAUGCUUGACAAGGUGGACCAGAAGCGUGAGCAAGAGAUGACCUGGCUCUUCCGCCGUCGCAUCCUUAACUUUUCUAAUCGUAUCUUCGCUAAGCUCGCUUUUUCUACCCGUCAAGCAUUUACUGACAUCCUCGACAGCACGAUCUUCAUGAAGAAGACCUUGAAUGCGUCGAUUGUGUUCAGUACCAUGUCGGUCUUCGACCGUUUGCAGGAGUACCUGUUCAUGGCCACCUUCGAAUUGACAGACGCCAUCUCCGCGAAGGUCUCUGCCGAUCGUAUCAACGAUUUCUUGCAGAACGCUGAGCUCCUGGAUGAAUACGCACCAAAGCACCCGGAGGCAACCUUCUUCCAGCCCAGCGAAGACGAUGAUCGGAAGGACAAGAUCGGCUUCAAGAACGCAACGUUCACCUGGUCCGACGAUACUGGCGGCUCCCUGACGCCGUCGAAGCGAAACUUCCUGUUGAAGAUCGAGGGCGAGGUCUUGUUCAGGAAGGGCGUUGUCAACUUGAUAGUAGGGCCUACGGGCGCAGGCAAGACGAGUCUGCUUAUGGCUCUGCUCGGCGAGAUGCACUUCAUCCCAUCGGUUCCGGAUUCCUGGUACAACUUGCCUAGGGAGAACGGUGUGGCGUACGCAGCACAGGAGUCUUGGGUUCUGAGCGACACAAUCAAGGCGAGCAAUAUGCAUAACAACAUCAUCUUCGGCGCGCCCUGGGACGAGGAGCGAUACAAGAAGGUCCUGUACCAGUGUGCACUCGAGCGUGAUCUGCAACUCUUCGAUGCUGGUGACAACACUGAAGUCGGCGAGAAGGGUCUUACUCUGUCCGGUGGUCAAAAGGCUCGUAUCACCCUGGCUCGCGCUAUUUACUCGUCGACGGAGGUUCUCCUCUUGGACGACAUCCUCGCUGCGCUGGAUGUUCAUACGGCCAAGUGGAUCGUGGACAAGUGCUUGAUCGGCGACCUCGUGAAGGGUCGUACCGUCAUCCUGGUGACUCACAACGUUGCUCUCACCCGCCCCAUUGCUGCGUAUGCCGUGGCGCUCCAUACCGACGGCUGCGUCUCCUCUCACGGCACCACCCAAGAAGUCUUCGCUCACGAGCCAGAGCUCGUACAAGAAGAGAAGGAGGAACAGGCCGCUAUUGAGAAGGCCGAGGAAGUGGUAGACGAUUCCGCUGCCGCUGACGACCAGGCAGCCCCGAAGAGCGACGGAAAGCUUAUCGUCGCGGAGGAGGUCGAGACCGGUCAUCUCAGCUGGAGCGCGCUCAAGCUUUACCUGUCGGCGAUGAGCGGUGACCAUCCGUACAUCUUCCUGCUCGCCUUCCUGUUCGGGAUCCUUAUGGUGCAGUCCCUCUUCGUGUCCAUCACCUACUACCUUGGCUGGUGGGCGUCGCAGUACGAGACGCAUGACCCUUCGGAGGUUGACCCGCUCUUCUACCUGGGCUUCUAUGCGCUCAUCGUCAUCGUCUGCGUUCUCAUGAACGUCGUGGUCGUCGUAUUCUUUACCGUGGCGGCCCUUCGGGCAUCGCGCAGGCUUCACUACAGACUCAUCGAGUCGAUUCUGGGCAGCACCCUGAGGUGGCUGGACGUCACUCCGACCGCGCGAGUGGACGAUACUGUCUCGCACAUGUUCUACCUCUUCUCAGAGACGACUGUCACGAUGAUCGCGAAGCUCAUUGCCGUUUGCCUUAUGACUCCGAUAUUCCUGCUCAUGGGCGCUAUCGUCUUCAUGAUGGGUGGCUUCCUCGGUCAGAUGUACAUCCAGGCGCAGCUCUCCAUCAAGCGAGAGUUGUCUAACGCGAAGGCGCCUGUGCUCGGACACUUCAGCGCCACGACUGCUGGACUGACGUCCAUCCGUGCGUACGGCGUACAAGAACGCUUCAAGAACGAGUCCAUGAGCCGCCUGGACAAUUAUAUGCGUCUUGCGCGUCCGCUGUACAACCUCAACCGCUGGGUGUCUGUACGUAUUGAGACCCUGGGGUCGAUCCUGGCUGCCUCCCUCGGUGCUUUCCUGCUGUGGGAGAAGAGCACGCGGGGGUCAUCGCAGACUGGCUUCGCUCUCAAUAUGGCGGUCGGGUUCAGCGAGCUCAUCUUGUUCUGGGUGCGCCUUGGAAACGAGUUGGAGAUUGAGGGGAACAGCUUGGAGCGUAUCGGCCACUACCUCAACAUCGAGCAAGAGCCACAGGCUACCGAGGAAGGCAAGCCGCCUGCGUACUGGCCUGCCAGCGGCUCCCUGAAGGUCGAGAACCUCUGCGCUCGAUACUCGAAGGAUGGUCCGCUGGUCCUCAAAAACAUCAACUUCGAGGUCACCUCCGGCCAGCGCAUCGGCGUUGUUGGUCGCACGGGAUCGGGCAAGAGCUCGCUGACGUUGUCGCUGUUGCGUUGCAUUCCAACGGAGGGAGCGGUGUACUAUGAUGGAUUGAACACGUCGAGCGUCAACUUGGAUGCCUUGCGCUCGAAUAUCACCAUCAUCCCGCAGAUGCCCGAGCUCCUUAGUGGGACGCUUCGCGAAAACCUGGACCCCUUCGACCAGUAUGACGAUGCGGUCUUGAACGAUGCACUGCGCUCGGCAGGUCUUUUCGCACUUCAGAGUGACAUGGACGAGGGCCGCAUCACCCUGGACAGCGCCAUCGCGAGCGGUGGAAGUAAUUUGUCCGUUGGUCAGCGUCAGAUCUUGGCUCUUGCCCGUGCCAUCGUCCGCGGAAGCAAGCUGCUGAUUCUCGACGAGGCAACGUCCGCGAUCGACUACAAGACGGAUAACAUCAUCCAGGAGUCGUUGCGCCAAAACUUGAAGAACGAUGUGACGCUCAUUACCAUCGCACAUCGGCUGCAGACCAUCAUGGACGCAGACAAGAUUCUGGUCCUCGACGCUGGUCGCAUUGCUGAGUUCGACAGCCCCGCCGAGUUGCUCAAAAAGGAGGGUGGGCGAUUGAAGGCGCUCGUGGACGAGUCCGGGGACAGGGCCACCUUGUACGCAAUGGCGGAAGGGAAGGCUCGGGUGUAG